AUGGAGAUUGAGUCCGAGGAUACAGUGUCUCCGCUUCCGUCCCUGCCUGGAAGGUCCUAUUCCUACAAACAUGUCAUUCUUCCCUUUAACCGGCGGACUAAUGUGACAUUAGACAUGCCACGGGGCAGUGAUAGCUCCCUCAGCCAGGUCAGCAUUGGCAGCCAUGGUAGUUCCCAAGGGAGCUAUGCUAGCCACGGUACAACGCGAAGCCGCAACGAGGACACACACAACUUCAGCGCCCCCUAUCAGGGUGCAGAGGCAUGGUGGAGUGUAGGGGGGUUCUUAGAACAGGGUCUCACUCACCAGAGUGUGGGUCUUUCUCUCCAUAAACAUGGCGAUGAAGAUACUUGGGAUUUAUCAGACUCACUGGCUGAUCUCUACCAUGAGGUCAAUAAACGGGACAAGGAAUCACUUGACCAAUCAAAUGAGGAGGAAGAAGAACCGGAAAAUAACAACAAAGCAUACAGUAUUGACAAACAAUGGAUAGAUCAGGAUACCAGCAAUGGAUUUAUACGAGUGUUCGAUUCUAAUUCUGAAUCUUCAAAACUCUUCCCAUCAACAUUGUCCACGACGGCACAGAAAAUAUGUUUUCAGUGCGGGAGACCGCCAAACUCCCUUCAUAUUCAAUUCAAUGGGGACAUCAUUAAAAGGCUGGAGCCGUUUGAUUGUCCCCUGGCACUACAGAAUGAAUACUUACAGAAAAUUGGUUAUAGGGAUAUUCAUAAAAUACAGGAAAUGGGAUCUAACGACAGUAUACCAUGGCUUGUCAAAUUCUAUGCAGGGAAACCAAUUUCGGACAGCACAUACUCCCGAAAUCAGUUGUCAGCAUAUGCCAUGGUCAGGAAAGGGAAACUACUCCAUCAGUGGGUGCGAAGGCUGUGUGUGGUGUCUGGAACUCGACUUCAAAUAUACAGAGAUAAAAACAAGAACUCAAAACCAACUGUUGUACAAUUGGCUAAGGGGUCUGUGGAAGAGGUGCAGGUCAAAGGUCAUGAACUCUGCUUGAAAUUGACAUCCACUCUUCAAGGUGACAGAUCAGUGUAUCUGGCAUUUUCUGAUGAAAACACUUAUUCAAAAUUCAUCAGGAAAACGAAAAAGGCGACAGCAAAGCUUCCAUCAAAGGCAGACUUGUCUAACUGCCACUUAGAGUUCCUACCCGAGACUGUGUUCAUAAACGAAGAUCUACGUAUCCUCAAUCUCCGCCAUAAUGCCCUUAAAGAGAGGCCAAUUGAGGAAGAUAUAUACACCAUUGGCUGGCUAGAUGACCUGCCCAGGUUCAGCAACCUUCGAAGUCUGAACUUGGCUGACAAUGAUCUCCAGUGUUUUCCCAUUGCCGUUUGCAAGAUGAGGACUCUAACAGAACUCAACGUGGCGAGUAACAAAAUCACAGAAAUUCCAUCAGAAAUAUCCGAUCUUUCCAAUUUACAGAUGCUGCAUGCUCAUAAUAACCAUCUGACAUUCCUACCUGAAAGCAUGGGUGAAAUGAGGUCACUUAAGGUCAUCGUUCUUGCUUUCAACCACUUUACCACAGUCCCAGAUAUCCUGUUGGAUUCCCAUCAGGCUUUUUUCCAUCAGCACCUAGACAGUGUUAUCAUGGCUGGAAACCGUGUGGAAAGACUGCCUCACGAAAUUCUCAGUAAAAUGAGACAUGUGAAAAAAAUAGACCUGCGGAUGAAUUGCCUUACAUUGCUCCCAAGUGAAACUGCCAAAUUUCAUAUGUUGGAAAAUGUGACACAUCUAGAUGUGCGAGACAAUCAUAUUCCUGAUUUGGAUGUGCGAUCACUGAAAGCUUUGGAAUAUUUAAAUUGUGAAAGAAAUGCAAUGCACACACUUCAGAUCAAUGGAAUGUCUUUGAAAAAUCUUUUUGCAUCAAAAAAUGAACUGCAGACUUUUUCCAUCAAUCCAAAACCAGAAUGGCUAGUCAAUUUAGAAAUAGCUCGCAAUAAACUAAUGGUCCUACCUCCCUGGGUGUCGGAGUGCUUUUUUCUGGUAAAGCUAGACGCCAGUCACAACAAGCUGCAAAAACUCCCAAAUAAGCUGUUUGUGAACGCCCAGAAGUUAAAGAUACUGAUGCUGGGACAUAACUGUUUAUCCGAACUGCCAUUAGAGAUGGAGUCUACAGCAAUAGAAGAGCUCCACCUACAGUGCAAUGACCUUGCGGUUCUUCCUCAACAACUCCUCUGUCGCGCGUCCAGAUUGCGGUACCUGAAUGUGACGAUGAACCAGCUGGAGGAUAUGCCACCCUUUCCCCACACUGAUGGCGUAAACAGGAUGCAGGAGCUGUUUAUGUCGGGAAAUAACUUGGGAAAUGCAGCACUCCCCUUUGCAUGUACAUUUCCUCGACUCAAGGUGCUGCAUAUUGCCCACAAUAACAUCACUGACCUCCAUAGCAGAGACAUUAACAGACUGGAGGUGCUGCAGGAACUUAACAUAUCCGGGAACCUAUUACGUUCCCUUCCUUCUGCACUGUGUAAACAUCCCAAGCUUCAGUGUCUCCGAGUGAAUGCCAACCUCCUCAAGGAAAUACCUGACUUCAAAAAGUCACCCAGCCUCAAGAUACUGGACGUAGGAUCAAAUCGUCUGUCAGAGUUACCUGUCAGUAAACUGAUGGGAUCUCAGGUACACCUACUGGAUAUCUCUGGUAACCCGAACUUGAUGGUGGACAGCGGAGAGCUCAAGGGUAUCAGCAACUGGAAGAAGAUCAGUAUGGUAGACAUGAGGGGACAGAACCGAUCUCUCCUGGAUCUGAGACAAGCUCCAUUUGAUGAUGUAAACCAGCCCUGGCAGUCGGGAUUGUCUCAGACUUCUGGCAUGAGAAACAAGCUAUCUGUGGCCAUUGUGAACAAACCAAAGUUCACCAACGAAGUGGAGGGGUUGUUCGGGAUGUUUGAUGGGGGUCGAAACGAUGAGGUGACCAAGAUUUUAGGUGACAUCAUAUGUGAUACCCUGCUAGCCGAGUCCAAGACGAUCUCCUCACAGAAACUCUGCAUGAAGUACACCAUGCUGGCAGCUCAUACGAAGCUCAAGAGUACAGGUCAGAAGGUAGGAGCAGCUGCUGCUCUUUGUCACAUCAAGAAGGUCACAGAGGGGACUAACACACAUCACCUGCUUAAUGUGGCUAAUGUAGGCGACACAGAGGUGGUCAUCAGUCGUAGUGGUGAGGCAGUGACUCUGUCACGUCUCUUUCUGAUCCAGUCAGACACGGAGGAGAGCCAGCGGAUCUGUAGAUCCGACGGCAUCAUCACAGAGGAUGGCAGAGUAAGUGGAGUGACGUUCAAUACACGACUACUCGGUUGUAGCUAUUUAUACCCACAAGUUCUUCCAGACCCUCACAUCACCUGUGUCAACCUCAGACAAGACGACCAGCUCAUCAUCAUCGCCAACAAUGGUCUCUGGAAGUACAUGUCAUACCAGGAAGCUGUUGAUGAAAUCAUAGAUAUUCCUGACCCUGUUCGGGCGGCAAAACGCCUCCAGGAUUUAGCUCAGGGAUAUGGUUCCAAGGAAAGUAUUGGAGUCCUUGUUGUUCGGCUGUUUUUGUCGGAUGCUGAACGCCUCAGGAUGAAAGACAUCCUCGAGGAACAAUUCAAAUAUGAACAAGAACUUUUAAGUGAGAUUGCUAAAAGAGAUGCCGCUCGGGAUGAAGAGAGGCGAAGGAGAAAAGCACGAAAAGCUCAAGAGGAAGAUGCUGUACCAAUGGACAUAUUGAAGCUACGAGAGGCAAAACGGCAACAGAGGAAACAAGUCACAGAGGUGUUUAAUGUAGAGGAAGGUGCUGAGGAAAGUGGAGAAUAUGUUAGUCUAAAAAGCAUGAGCUCAGAUUCUAAUAGUGGUUCUGUGAAUUCCACGAAUUGGGAAUCGCUUCUACAGCAGCGGCUGACAAGUGAAGUUAAAGACAAGGAGAUAGAGAUGGUGCUCGGGGAGGAUUUGGAUGCUGAGUUUGGUCCAGCUGUGGACCAGGUUGAUUCUAAUUGGGUACAGCAAGGAGGUAAAUACCUGGGUGACAAUGCCUACCAUUUGGGUAGAGAAAUCGUGAAACCUCCAUCUCCAUGUGUUGAUACUGGACCCAAGUAUGAACCUUUCAUGGGUCCUGUAUCAAGACCAGUCUCAACAGAAUCCAUUGAGUUUCAAAAAGAAUAUAACCAGCCAUUUGACAUAGACAGAGAUGCCAUUUUGUUUCAUCAGAUGCAGCUAGCGCGAUCAAAGAGUCGAGGAGCUAGUAUUGACAGUAUGGACUCAACUCAGUCUGUCCCUGUGAGUGGUUCGAUCCGACAGUUUGAGCCUCAAGCUAAGACAUCGUCACAUAGCAUUGAGGUUCUCAUUCAUAGAACGGCAUCCUUACCAAAGAAAGCAGAAUUUGGAGUGUCUGUUCCUGAUGCACGGAGGUCAAAAGGUCAAAAACACAGAGCAGAUAGUGACAAUGAAGGUUCUGAUGAAGACCUGGAGCCUGCAGGAGAGGGACGACUUGAUGAAAGAGUGUCAUUAUCUGAUGGAACCAUCAGAAGAGGGUCAUCGAAAAAGAAUAAACCUAUUCCAUCAAAAAGAUUGUCACAAGAAAGGACAAGGAGGGAAGAAAAAGAUCAUUUGGAUGUAAACAUGUCAAAAAUAUCAUCAACUGGACAAAAGGAUUACAAGUCUGUAGAAGAAGACCAGCAUGUUGUAACAGAAUCUAUGGAGCAAGUGUUCAAUUUCACAAACUCUGAAGAAAGUGUGAAAUUUCCUGAUAUAAGAGAAAUUGGAAGAUUUUCUCGGUCAGAAGACUCUGAAGGUGGAAUGGCAUUUACAGAAGAAAUAAUUGAAGUUUCAGAUGUAGAGCAAUGUGUGAAAUAUGACAAUGGAGAAGAAAUAAUUGUCAUAGACACAUACGACCUUUCUGGUAAUGAACAAAUUGAUCUAAGGGACACAACCAAACUUGAAUCUGAAAAUACAGAAAUGUAUGACCUUCCGAUGUACCUGGGAGGUAGCACGGAUAGUGACCCUGCUGUACAUGUGUUCAAAUCUGAAGUUCCUGUUCCGGACGUACAAGAGGAAGAUUUAUCUGUUGUCAGUGGUUACAAAGGAACAAAAAAGGAACCAAAAAAGCAUCCAGCACCUGCACCCCCUAAACCCUACCUACCCCCAAGAACAGUCCCAUCCAAAUUUCAAAAGAAUGAGAUUUUGAUAGACUGGAGAGCUUACAAACCCAGGAAGUCGAGGAAAGCACCAUCACCACCGUUACCUUCUCAGAGACCUUCGUCUCCCCCAAUUCCAGAAAGAGCAACAUCCCCAACCCCUCAUGUUAAUAGAUUAGCCCCUUCACCCCCUCCUCAUGAGGCCUUUGUCCCUCCAGUUAAAACAAGUAAGAAGAUUCCCCCACCCAGACCACCUUUGCCAUCAGACCAUAACCCAAGUGUUCCCAACAAGAACUCAAGUAUACAGGUGAAUGGCCAAAGGGGAAAGGUUGUUCCAACUAGACCUCCCCCUCCACACCCUCCAAAUAGAAACUCUAGUCUUGUUAGCAAUGGUCACCACACUGUGAUGGCUAUUGAGGAUCUUUAUGCGAAGGUUGAGCAGCGCAAGAGUCCUCCAGAAUCCUUGAAACUAGCUCAGGAAUCCAACUCCCUCACUAGUCUCAAAGAACUUUAUGAGAUGAUGGAAGAGGAUGAUGAGGCAGAUGUCACUAUUCAAGACUGGGGUCAAAGGUCAAGAAGGGGUGUGGCUAAUCAAGGAAGUCAAAAUUCAAAAGGAACUGAUGUUGAUGAUAAAGGUCAGAUAGACAAUAAGGUGAAACAGAGUGACUUAAACUACCAACAUAAGAUGCCAAAAACUGUUUCUUGGGAUUUAUUAACUUCUUCCGGUACUCAGUUGAACAGGUCUUUAUCAGAGCAGAGCUUGAUUAUUACAUACCUGUAA